GCUGGGCCCGACAUGGCGGAAGAGGAGGUGGCCAAGUUGGAGAAGCACUUGAUGCUUCUCCGACAGGAGUAUGUCAAGCUGCAGAAGAAAUUGGCAGAGACAGAGAAGAGAUGCACCCUUUUGGCUGCGCAAGCAGACAAAGAAAGCAGCAAAGAGUCCUUCAUCAGCCGCCUGCUGACGAUUGUAGCCGACCUCUACGAGCAGGAGCAGUAUAGUGAUCUGAAGAUAAAGGUUGGGGGCAGGCACAUCAAUGCUCACAAGUUUGUCCUGGCGGCCCGCAGUGACAGCUGGAGUCUGGCCAGUUUGUCUUCCACCGAGGAGCUGGACCUGUCAGAUGCUAACCCUGAGGUGGCCAUGACAAUGCUUCGCUGGAUCUAUACGGAUGAGUUGGAGUUCAGAGAAGAUGAUGUGUUCCUGACUGAGCUGAUGAAACUAGCUAAUCGGUUUCAGCUACAGCUCCUUAGGGAGAGGUGUGAGAAGGGUGUGAUGUCCCUGGUGAAUGUCAGGAACUGUAUCCGCUUCUAUCAGACUGCGGAGGAACUGCAUGCCAGCACGCUGAUGAACUACUGUGCAGAAAUUAUCGCAAGUCAUUGGGAUGACUUACGAAAGGAGGACUUCAGCAGCAUGAGUGCUCAGUUGUUAUACAAAAUGAUCAAGUCCAAGACUGAGUACCCGUUACAUAAAGCUAUCAAAGUGGAGAGAGAAGAUGUGGUCUUCCUUUAUCUAAUUGAAAUGGAUUCACAGCUCCCUGGGAAGCUGAAUGAGUUGGAUCAUAACGGAGAUCUUGCUCUAGAUCUGGCCCUUUCACGACGACUAGAGAGUAUCGCCACCACUCUGGUUAGUCACAAAGCUGACGUGGACAUGGUGGACAAGAAUGGCUGGAGCUUGUUACAUAAAGGCAUCCAAAGAGGAGAUCUCUUUGCUGCCACUUUCCUCAUUAAGAACGGGGCCCUUGUCAAUGCUGCUACGUUGGGUGCCCAGGAGACACCGUUGCACCUUGUAGCAUCGUACGGUUCAAAAAAACACUCGGCAGAUGUGAUGUCCGAGAUGGCACAGAUUGCAGAGGCCCUCCUGCAGGCUGGCGCCAACCCCAACAUGCAGGACAGCAAGGGCAGGUCUCCCUUACACUUGUCCAUCAUGGCCAGGAAUGAAUACGUGUUCAACCAGUUGCUGCAGUGUAAACAAUUAGAUUUAGAGCUGAAAGACCACGAGGGCAGCACAGCUCUGUGGCUUGCCGUGCAGUACAUCACUGUGUCUUCCGACCAGUCCGUAAAUCCCUUUGAAGACCUCCCUGUGGUAAAUGGGACUUCAUUUGAUGAAAAUAGCUUUGCAGCCAGACUCAUUCAGCGUGGCAGCAACACCAAUGCACCUGAUACAAUAACAGGAAAUUGCUUACUACAGCAGGCAGCUGAAGCAGGAAAUGAGGCAGCAGCUCUUUUCCUGGCAACCAAUGGUGCCCACGUCAACCACAGAAACAAGUGGGGAGAAACCCCGUUGCACACGGCCUGUCGGCAUGGCCUGGCCAACCUCACUGCUGAGCUUCUGCAGCAGGGAGCCAACCCAAACCUACAGACGGAGGAGGCCCUGCCUUCGCCAAAGGAGCCUGCUUCCUUGCCCAGCUCGGCGGGCGGCAGCAGCGUCUACCUGCAGACACCACUGCACAUGGCGAUUGCCUACAAUCAUCCAGAUGUGGUGUCUGUCAUCCUGGAGCAAAAAGCUAAUGCUCUUCAUGCCACCAACAACCUGCAAAUUAUCCCGGACUUCAGCCUCAAGGAUUCCCAAGACCAGACUGUGCUGGGCCUGGCAUUAUGGACUGGCAUGCACACGAUCGCGGCCCAGCUGCUGGGCUCUGGGGCGUGCAUCAACGACACCGUGUCAGACGGGCACACCUUGCUGCACAUGGCCAUGCAGCGGCAGGACAGCAAGAGUGCGCUCUUUCUCCUGGAGCACCAGGCGGACAUAAACGUCAGGACUCAGGAUGGGGAGACAGCUCUUCAGCUGGCCAUCAGAAAUCAGCUUCCCCUUGUCGUGGAUGCCAUAUGCACCCGAGGAGCUGACAUGUCUGUGCCAGAUGAGAAGGGGAACCCCCCACUGUGGCUUGCGCUGGCAAAUAAUCUGGAGGACAUCGCAUCCACUCUGGUCAGACAUGGCUGUGACGCCACGUGCUGGGGCCCAGGACCUAGUGGGUGCCUUCAGACACUGCUGCACAGAGCCAUUGAUGGAAACAACGAGUCCAUCGCCUGCUUUCUAAUUCGCAGUGGCUGCGACGUGAAUAGUCCCAGACAACCUGGUGCUAAUGGAGAAGGAGAGGAAGAGGCCAGAGACGGGCAGACCCCCUUGCAUUUGGCAGCCUCCUGGGGGCUGGAAGAGACGAUACAGUGUCUUCUGGAGUUUGGUGCCAAUGUAAAUGCACAGGAUGCAGAAGGAAGAACACCUGUCCAUGUGGCCAUCAGCAACCAACAUGGCGUCAUCAUUCAGCUGCUGAUUUCCCACCCUGACAUCCACCUGAAUGUCCGAGACAGGCAGGGCCUGACCCCCUUUGCCUGUGCCAUGACCUACAAGAACAACAAGGCAGCCGAGGCCAUCCUGAAACGAGAGUCCGGGGCUGCUGAGCAGGUGGAUAACAAGGGCCGGAAUUUUCUUCACGUGGCAGUUCAGAACUCUGAUAUCGAAAGUGUGCUAUUCCUGAUCAGUGUCCAGGCUAACGUGAAUUCCAGAGUCCAGGAUGCUUCCAAGUUGACCCCUUUGCACCUUGCUGUCCAAGCAGGCUCAGAGAUUAUUGUCCGCAAUUUGCUUCUUGCGGGAGCCAAAGUGAAUGAAUUAACCAAGCACCGCCAGACCGCCCUCCAUCUCGCUGCCCAGCAGGACCUGCCCACCAUUUGCUCAGUCCUCUUGGAGAAUGGGGUGGACUUUGCUGCUGUGGAUGAGAAUGGAAACAACGCUCUUCAUCUCGCUGUCAUGCAUGGCCGGCUCAACAACAUCCGGGUCCUCCUGACAGAGUGCACCGUGGAUGCCGAAGCCUUUAAUCUGCGAGGCCAGUCGCCACUGCACAUUUUGGGACAAUAUGGCAAGGAGAACGCAGCAGCCAUCUUUGAUCUCUUCUUAGAGUGCAUGCCUGAGUACCCUCUGGAUAAACCAGAUGCAGAAGGAAACACGGUGCUGCUCUUGGCAUACAUGAAAGGGAAUGCCAACUUGUGCCGUGCCGUCGUCCGCUCGGGUGCUCGCCUGGGGGUGAACAACAACCAAGGGGUCAACAUCUUCAACUACCAGGUCGCCACCAAGCAGCUGCUCUUUAGACUCUUAGAUAUGCUGUCCAAGGAGCCUCCGUGGUGUGACGGCUCCAACUGCUAUGAGUGCACUGCCAAGUUUGGAGUCACAACUCGCAAACAUCACUGUCGUCACUGCGGACGUCUUCUUUGCCACAAAUGCUCGACCAAGGAGAUUCCUAUUAUAAAGUUUGAUCUGAACAAGCCUGUGCGAGUUUGCAACAUUUGCUUUGACGUACUGACUUUGGGUGGGGUCUCUUAGUGAGCCCCCCGGGAAGGUCCAGGCUACAUCCUCGGUUGCCUCCCCAGCAGCUGCUCUGCUCACCAGCCUGACCCCCGCCCCCAACCCCCCCACCCCCCAGCGCAGGAGCUGGCAGUUGUCUUCUUGCGGCAAUAGACUGGAACAAUUAAGGACCGUGGUGUGAUAGAUCCCAUCUCAAAUGAUCCUGUAUGAUUGUCAGUUUAUCAGACUAUGAUCCAGGUCACUAGAUGUCUCACUAAUUGGACCAGGCCUUUUGGCCUGAGUGGUAAAUGUGAUAGGAAUUAGACCCCAUUCUGCUAGCAAUGUAUAAGGAUGCUUCGAAAACCAUUUUCCCUUCCAGUAGCUUAGUGUCCAUCUCAGAGCAUUCACGAAGUCUUCCUGACUGGGCGGACUUCCUAAGCAGAGCCUAACCGUAGGAAGCUGGCAUCUGGCUGCACGACAGGAGCCGGCUUUACUCUAGGGUAAGUGGCUGUGGACUUUUCUGCACAGUGUUUUCAUAAAGGUAAUAGGAUCCUCUUGCCCUGAAAUCUCGCUCUCUCUUUCUCCUUUUUUUUUUUUUUUUUUUUUUUUUUGGAAAAGCUAAGCUGUAUUUUUAGUGAACUACCCCUUUAAAAAAGGUGAAAUCUUUCUAAGCAGGGUUCAAAGAUGAGAGCUGAAAAAUUGUGGCCUUAACAACUGAAAGCUUUACCGGUAUUCAUGCUACUCGGGUGUCAAGAUUGCGGUGUGGCAGCUUGACACCUCCUAGCAGCCGUCUUGUUCUCUCAUCUUGCUGUGUCCUGUCUGUGGAGUCCUCAGUCACCUGCCAGUAGGCAGUGGUGGAGAAAAUGCACUUUUAUUGUGCUGCACUUUUUAUAUAGCUGCAUUAUUGGUGAUUCCAAUUUAAAAAUCCAUAUUCAAAAAUACCCUCACACAUACGUGCAUCAGUGAUUCUAAUGAUCGGCUUUGACUGGACCUCAGCUCACACUAAGUCUUAAAGGGAAAACUCCUGUGUCAUUUGGAGCAGGAGAGUGACAUGGGCCAAGUGAGGGGAAGGGGGAUCUCCAGCCUCAGGCUGGCAGGUCCCAUCUCCUUGACAUGAGUGCUUCUUGCUGAAACCUUUCCAGUUAUGUUGUGAGUGCUGUCCGUCCCAGGUCCCAGGUCCUUGCCCCAUAAGAGCCAACGGCCAAAGGCCCUGGCCAAGCGUGUGUGACCCCAUCUUGGAAGGCUCGCUCGUGUGCUGAAUGAGGCCCCCAGAGCCUACCAGGCCUUAGUCGCUGCUAGUACAUGCAUCAAUCCUGAAGUGUUAAACUUCUUUUCUUUUGAAGGUUUGGCCAGUUUUUUUAAAAAAUGCACAUUUAAAGAGAAACUUCUACCACUGCUUAAAAACGAAACAAAACAAAACUCUGAGAUGAACAAUAUGUGUUGUACAGCUAUACUCAGAGAUUAACAAUCUCAAUCUUACAAACUGUUUUUUUCAGACAUUUAACCACUACAUUUUUUUGUAUUAAUGAAGUAUGGAUAUAUGUGUAAAAGGGACUAAAUAUUUUUUUGCAGCAGCCUCUUGUUUUGUUUGGAUAGUGGUAUGUCCUCCAUGUUGCUGUAGAUUUAUACAUCUUACUGCCUAAAUAUGUGUGUAAAAUGAGCUGAUAAACCAGAGUGCUACUUUUUUUUUUUUUUAACAUUUCUGUGGAUUUAUAAGAUAUAUAUGCUUUCUAUGUUAAUAUGAGCUUGUGCACAAUGUUUCGAAGAAAAAAUUAGUUAGAAGAGUUCCCCUGUCCCCUAAAGUCUGUGACAUAUUUCAUAUAGAAUUUUUAUAGGAAAACAGCUAGUCUUGGCAGACACCUGACCACAUGAAGCAUGUGGUCAGUUUCCAUUUUCUGUUGCCUGAACAGGGCCUGAGGAAGUAGGCCUUAGUUAGGUGGCUUGAUUCUUAAAUCGGAAAGUAAGAUAAUUAUGCUUCAGAUAUGAAUUGAGGUCGUCGGUACUUUUAUACCUGUUCUUUUAACGUCCAUGGUAGAGAGAGGAGGACGGGAGUUCAAUCAGGGAUGAGGUGGAUGGUCCUGCCCCUGCCCUACUAUACCAAUUUCAAUAACACUCUAAUUUCACUUAAAAAUCUUAAAAUCAUGUUUGAAAUUGUUGAGUCAAGCUUCUUUUUCUUCACAGAGUCCAGGGAUAGCAAUGGUACUUAGCUGCCACAAGACGGGGGAACAUUUUGUGAGUUCUGCAUUGGCUUCAGGGUGCAUUCUUGUAGAUCUAGAAAAAGCACCUCGCCACAGUCUUAGGCUCUCCCUGCUGUGCCGAUGCUUACGGGGCUGUGUCUCAGGUUCCUUGAGUGGCGGCUGACCUGGGGGGACUUGACAUGCUCUCAGGCCCCUUUGUGCUCUCCAGGCCAUCAAACUUGACUCUAGAACUGCCUGGCUGUUCUUGUUAC